AUGGGACCGUUGGAUACCCACGGUACGCUUAUGCGAAUCGUCUACACCCGACCGGGAUGUGUUGUGAUGCUUCUGGUAAUAGAUGCCAUAAUUUGGUUAUAUAGGUCAGACAUCGUAGAUUUUCACAAUCGCGUUCAGGACAUUCCACCGCAGUUCAUCUAUGAUGUGUACGAUUUUGUAGUGGUUGGAGGAGGAAGUGCAGGUGCAGCUGUAGCUGCAAGGCUAUCGGAAGUUUGCAACUGGAACAUACUCUUGCUGGAAGCCGGACCUGAUGAAACAUAUCUUACGGACCUACCGUAUCUUUACCCUGCAUUGCAGAGGUCAAAUUUGGAUUGGAAUUAUCUUACGGAACCUAACCCAAAUUUCUGCCAGGGGAUGGAGAAUAAUCAGUGCGCUUGGCCUAGGGGAAAAGUACUCGGUGGAUCUUCUGUAUUGAAUGCAAUGAUGUAUAUUCGUGGCAACAAAGAAGAUUAUGAUGAGUGGGAAAGUUUUGGCAACAUAGGCUGGAGCUGGAAGGACGUGUUGCCAUAUUUUAUUAAAAUGGAAAAUGUGCGUGAUCCAAAAAUCGCCAAGCUGCCAUGGCACGGAACCACCGGACCAAUCACUGUUGAGCAGUUUAAAAAUCGUUCCGUUUUGAUGAACUAUUUUUUUGAGGCUGCUAGGCAGAUGAAUCAACCGAUUGCCGAUGAAAUGAAUGGUCCGUCGCAGAAUGUAUUCGGGCCUCUUCAUGGCUCAAUAAGAGAUGGUUUACGUUGUAGUACUGCAAAGGGUUAUUUGCGACCCGUAUGGACAAGGAAGAAUUUUCAUGUAUCGAUGAAUUCUAUGGUUGAAAAAGUGUUGAUAGAUCCUGGCGACAAAAGAGCAUAUGGCGUUAUGUUCAAUAAGGGAAAUGAACGGCACUAUGUUUUGGCUUUAAAAGAAGUUAUUUUAUCAGCUGGAUCAAUAAACACCCCCCAACUUCUGAUGUUGUCGGGAGUUGGCCCGAAGGAAGAUUUGCAAGCCCAUGGCAUCGAAGUAAUUCAUGAUUCUCCAGGUGUUGGAAAAAAUCUUCAAGAUCACGUAGCAACUGGUGGUAUUACGUUCAUUAUCCAGAAUCCCAACAACACUGGACCGCUAUCAAUUACACUGCUGAGCUCGGUGUCGGCCUCAUCAGUUCGCGAUUUUGCGUUCAACAAUAGUGGAAUAUUUAUGAACAUGCCGUCCUGUCAAGUGAUGGGAUUUAUCAACACAAAGUACCAACCAGUAAAUAGUACCCGCCCAGACAUCCAAAUAUUUAUGUCCGCUCAGUCUGAGUUAGCUGACGGGGGGAACUGGGCAGCCUAUGGGGCAGCACUUUCCUCCCAGUAUUAUGCUAAGAAUUUCGAACGUUGGGUUUUUCAUGAUUCUUUUCUGAUCAUGCCGCUUCUGAUGCGACCACUGAGUCGAGGGUACCUCAAGUUGAGAAGCAAGAAUCCGUACGAUAAAAUCAAAAUUUAUCCCAAUUAUUUCGCCGUUAGACACGAUGUGGAUGUUUUGAUUGAAGGAUUAAAAUAUUGUCUUCAGUUGGCAAAGACCCCUGCUUUACAAACUUUGAAUGCGACAUUGAUCUACGAUACGGAACCGAGUGCUACUUGCAGCGGUAGAACCGGCGACGAUUUUUACGAAUGUUUAGUUCGACAUUUUUCGCAAACCAUCUAUCAUCCAAUUGGAACUACCUCGAUGGGUCCCAAAACCGAUCCCAUGGCUGUGGUUGACGAUCAGCUCAGAGUUUACGGCAUCAAAGGUUUGCGGGUAAUCGAUGCGGGCAUCAUGCCUACAAUUACUACCGGCAACACAAAUGCGGCUGUGAUCAUGAUUGGAGAAAAGGGUGCCGAUAUGAUAAAACUUGCCUAUCUCCCCGCCCUUGUGAAGGAUCCGAAUCUGGAGGAGUGCCACACGUAUGAUUUUAAAUACAACUAGA